AGGAAAAAGAUGUCAGCGAGUCGCAAGCAUCACUUAAAGAGUGUAAUGCUGUCUGUUGCAAGAGGUUUACUGGAGACAGAGGCCAAAGAGAGAGAGGAGGAAAAGACGAGAUAUAUGGCCGAGAGUUGCCCUGCACUGUCUUUGCCACGAAGUAUGCAAGAGCUACAGGACCUUUGCAGAGAGCUCCACCAUAAAAUUGAUGCCAUUGAUGAGGAAAGAUAUGAUUUAGAAAGCAAAGUGAACAAAAGUGCUAAGGAGAUUGAGGAUAUGAAAUACAAAAUUAUUGACCUGAAGGGCAAAUUCAAGAAGCCUGCUCUUAGGAAAGUGCGUAUGUCUGCUGAUCAAAUGCUUCAGGCUCUCCUGGGUUCCAAGCACAAGGUAUCCUUGGACCUGAGAGCCAACCUGAAACAAGUCAAGAAGGAGGUCAAAGAGGAGGAUAAGGAACUGCGUGAUGUCGGUGACUGGCGUAAGAAUAUUGAAGACAAGUCUGGUAUGGAUGGCAGGAAGAAGAUGUUUGAGACAGAGUCUUAA